UACUCAUCCUCCAUUUAUGUCAACUUUAGUGGAAGACCCUCGGCUGCCUUUGCUUACUUCCCCUCUCUUUCUCUUGACUUUGGAUGCUUAUAAAUACUUCACUUCUCUUGUUCACAGCCAAAACAAACUCCAACAUCUCGUAGCUUCUAGCUCAAUAUCUACAUCAAAUUUUAAUCCUUUAUUUCAAUCAUGGGAAGAUGCAUUAUGUUAAUAUGUCUCUUUGUUGCUUUGCUUGCGACGUUGGUGCAAGGCCAACGCACUCGUGUUGGAUUCUAUUCUCGUACUUGUCCUACAGCUGAAUCUAUUGUAAAGUCUACAGUUGAUACACAUUUUAAGUCUAACCCAGCAGUUGCUGCUGGUUUGCUUAGGAUGCAUUUCCAUGAUUGCUUUGUUCAAGGAUGUGAUGCUUCUAUUCUUAUUGAUGGUUCCAACACUGAGAAAACUGCACUACCAAAUCUUGGAUUGAAAGGCUUUGAAGUUAUUGAUGAUGCCAAGACUCAGCUUGAAGCUGCAUGUCCUGGAAUUGUUUCUUGCGCUGAUAUUCUUGCACUUGCAGCUCGUGACUCUGUUGUUCUGACUGGUGGAAGAAGUUGGAGGGUGCCUACUGGACGUAGAGACGGUCGGGUGUCAUUGGUAUCUGAUACUGCUAAUUUGCCUGGCUUCACAGACUCCAUAGACAAACAAAAGCAAAAGUUCGCUGAAAAGGGUCUUAAUGCACAGGAUCUUGUCGCUCUAGUUGGAGGACACACAAUAGGGACUACAGCUUGCCAAUUCUUUAAUUAUAGACUUUAUAAUGCAAGCGGGAACGGAUCCGACCCAACAAUCAACGCCUCAUUUCUUCCCCAGCUACAAGCACUGUGUCCACAGAACGGCGACGGGACAAAGCGAGUCGCAUUAGAUACAGGCAGCGUGAACAAGUUUGAUGUAUCUUUCUUCAGCAACCUGAGAAAUGGGCGAGGCAUUCUUGAGUCCGAUCAGAAAUUGUGGACAGAUGCUUCCACCAGAACCUUGGUUCAACGAUUCAUGGGUGUUAGAGGCUUGGCUGCAUUGAAGUUCAAUGUUGAGUUCGGGAAGUCCAUGGUGAAGAUGAGUAACAUUGGAGUGAAGACAGGAUCUGAUGGUGAAAUUAGGAAAAAAUGUUCUGUAAUAAAUUGAUGAUGAUGAUGAUAUGAUUUUGUUGUAGUACUUUUUGUUAUCCAAGAAAAAGAAAUGGUGAUGUUGAAAACUCA